GCAGACCAGCGCCCCCUUCCCCGAGCGCGCCCCGGGGUCCCCGAGCGGGGUGGGGUCGGGGGCGGAGUCCACAAUCCGGCCCUGCCCUGCGGGCGGGCUUAGGCCUUCGCCCCAUGCUACAGCUGCGGGGCCAAUCCGGGAUCGGGGGCGCUCCCCGGCCUCCUUUCCGGGCCCUGGGCUUCCUCUGGCUGCCGCCCCGCCCCUCGGGCUCCCAGCCGCCCCCGGCCCCCAUUCGGGCCGGGCCUGAAGGCGGCGGCGGCGGCUACAGUCCCGCGAGUGGCGGCAGCGGCGCGGCCAGGUCAGCCUUUCACCGUGGAGUGCCCAGCUGUCAGCUGCCUCACAGGAAGAUGCUACAUGGACCAGGCAGCCCCGGCAGGGGUGUUUGCGUGGGGACAGCCCUGGGCAUGCUGUACCUCUGCCUCACAGGAGCUGUGGACGUCCAAGUCCCUGAGGACCCCGUGGUGGCCCUGGUGGGCUCUGACACCACCCUGUGCUGCUCCUUCUCCCCGGAACCCGACUUCAGCCUUACGCAGCUCAACCUCAUCUGGCAGCUGACCGACACCAAACAGCUGGUGCACAGCUUCGCCGAGGGCCGCGACCAGGGCAGUGCCUAUGCCAACCGCACCGCGCUGUUCCCAGAGCUGCUGGCGCGCGGCAACGCGUCGCUGAGGCUGCAGCGCGUGCGCGUGGCGGAUGAGGGCAGCUUCACCUGCUUUGUGAGCAUCCGAGACUUUGGCAGCGCCGCCGUCAGCCUGCAGGUGGCGGCCCCUUACUCGAAGCCCAGCAUGACCUUGGAGCCCAGCAAGGACCUGCGGCAUGGGGACCUAGUGACCAUCACUUGCUCCAGCUACCGGGGUUACCCCGAAGCUGAGGUGCUGUGGCGGGACGGUCAGGGCACGCCCUUGACCGGCAACGUGACCACGUCGCAGAUCGCCAAUGAUCAGGGCUUGUUCGAUGUGCACAGUGUGCUGCGAGUGGUGCUGGGCGCGAAUGGCACCUACAGCUGCCUGGUGCGCAACCGGGUGCUGCGGCAGGACACGCACAACUCGAUCACCAUCAUGCCCCACAGGACCCCUGCAGGAGCCGUGGACGUCCAAGUCCCUGAGGACCCUGUGGUGGCCCUGGUGGGCACCGACACCACCCUGUGCUGCUCCUUCUCCCCGGAACCCGACUUCAGCCUUACGCAGCUCAACCUCAUCUGGCAGCUGACCGACACCAAACAGCUGGUGCACAGCUUCGCCGAGGGCCGCGACCAGGGCAGUGCCUAUGCCAACCGCACCGCGCUGUUCCCAGAGCUGCUGGCGCGCGGCAACGCGUCGCUGAGGCUGCAGCGCGUGCGCGUGGCGGAUGAGGGCAGCUUCACCUGCUUUGUGAGCAUCCGAGACUUUGGCAGCGCCGCCGUCAGCCUGCAGGUGGCGGCCCCUUACUCGAAGCCCAGCAUGACCUUGGAGCCCAGCAAAGACCUGCGGCCUGGGGACCUGGUGACCAUCACUUGCUCCAGCUACCGGGGUUACCCCGAAGCUGAGGUGCUGUGGCGGGACGGUCAGGGCACGUCCUUGACCGGCAACGUGACCACGUCGCAGAUCGCCAAUGAGCAGGGCCUGUUCGAUGUGCACAGCGUGCUGCGAGUGUUGCUGGGCGCGAAUGGCACCUACAGCUGCGUGGUGCGCAACCGGGUGCUGCAGCAGGACACGCACGGCUCUGUUACCAUCACGGGGCAGCCCGUGACGUUUCCUCCGGAGGCCCUGUGGGUGACCGUGGGACUCUCUGUCUGCCUCCUUGUACUGCUGGUGGCUCUGGCCUUCGUGUGCUGGAGGAAGAUCAAGCAGAGCUGUGAGGAGGAGAAUUCAGGGGCUGAGGACCAGGAUGGGGAUGGAGAAGGCUCCAAGACGGCCCUGCGGCCUCUGAAACACUCGGAAAGCAAAGAAGGAGAAGCAGAUGAUGGACAUGAAAUCGCCUGACCAGGCGCUGUGGCCCCCGCCCGGGGGCUCCACCCUCUGGCUGCGCUGGGGCCUCAGAGGGAGCCCUGCCCCCACCCAUGGGUCCAGCUCUAUCUGGGCCCAGAGGAUGCGGUACACAGACCACGCUGCCGCCUAUCGUCUCUUAAGGGACACGAUGCCCAGGUCCUCCUGCUGCCUUAUUUCUCACAGACACAGUACUGAGACCACGCCACGGCCCCGUUCCUCCAAGCCACACAGGAUGCGUGGCCGCCUUUCCUCUCAGAGGACACAGCCUUCAGGUGCACUUCUGCCUUAUUUCUCCAAGAUGCACUACACGGUCACCUCUUGCCUUGUCUUUCUGGUGGCACUGUGCACUGAUUCCCUUUCCUCAGCCCUUUCCCGACCUGCUUGUGGUCUGACUCCUGGACAUCCCUGAGUCUGGAGCUGCCUCUUCUGUUCCUCCUGUUUGUGUCCUGUGCUCGGCCUCUCCACAGUGCCCAGAGACACCAGGCGCCCUCCCUGCCAACUGUGCGUGCUGGGCCACGCACCCCCCCAUGCCACCUGCACCCGUGGGAAGCAGGUGCUGGUCACACUGGUUCUCUGGGGGCCUGCAGAGUGCAUUUGGGGGCAGAUUUUCACCCCCUACCAUCCCUACACCUUACCCAGAGACUGGGUUGAGGCAGAAGCGUGAGGGGCACCCCGGUCACACCAGAGAAUCAGGAGGCUUCCAGGGGUCUGUCCAAGGUGAGCCGAUGGGCAGCAGCCAGGCCCCUCUAAACCUGUCCUUGCUGGCUGGAGCCCAGGGCAGACUUUGGGGACACAGAGGGGACUGCCUGCCACCAUGGUGCUACUGGGGCCUGGGCGGACACGUCCAGGCUUAUAUGGCCAGCCCCCAGUCUCGGAAGAGUGGAGCUUCUGAGUCCUGUGUCCUUUGGUCUCUCUGCCACCCCAGGAGCAAAGAUGUCUAAUUUAAAUGUGGGACUCUGUAUAUUGGGGGUGGAUCUGGGGAAAAUAAAUGCUUUUUU